AAUAUAAAUAUAAAUAACGCGUGACGCAACGAGUGAACGGAUCAAAGUGUGAACAAGUGAACAGAGUUAAAACAAAGUUAAAAAGAAGAAAGAAAGAGGACAAUCGACAUGGAGAUCGACAACGUGCACAGUGCGUCGAGUUACCGUGGUUUCAUCGCGUCGGACGUCUCCGUUGGAUACGUCGAAGCGUCCGACAUAUCCACGUUCCUCACCAGGCCACGGGGAACGCUCUAAGUCUGUUUUUUUCGUUCGAGUCACAACACAUACAUACGCGUGACGAUGAGUCGGCUCAGGGAUCAUCGACAGCCUAAAUAUCGUACUUGGUGGAUCGUCGAAGCUUAAAAACACAGGAACACACACGGGGUCGAUUCGACGUACCGCAAGUCAAUCGCGAACGCAAACUUGAUGAAAAUGGACUCGACGAAGUUGGGUGGGCCAGCCCCAACCAGUCCAAGGGCUCACUCGCCAGCCCUACCGGCCUACAACGCCACCACCGCGGACGGCAACAUCGACUACAUAAUCGGAGAUUACAUGGAGAGACUCGGCACGAGGCUAAACACGUUGGAGAACGAGCUGAGGUACGCCUGGAGGGCGUUGGAUCUGCUUAGUCAGGAGUACAUCAAGAUGUGGGAGAGGCUCGAGAAGCUGGAGGGCCUCCUAUACGAGCAACAAACGGUAAUCAGCCAAUUGAUCGAAUUCUACGCGAACGGCGGUACACACGAGACCAGCAACGUGCCGGUGGAGGAGACGUUGGCCAAUCAGCAGAGCACCGUUGGCGAGCUGGACGCGAUCGCGAAGAGCAUAGGCGCAACAAUGGGUAUCGAAGAGACGAACGCGAUCAGAGAGAAACUAGCCCAGCAAGAGAUCGCGAGGAUGCACGGGCUGACGCAGGACAGUUCGACCGCUGCCGCGGUGGUCACCGACAUGCACAGAAACGUGAGGAACUUGGACACUCUGGAGACACUGGCGGAGGAGAGCAACAUACCGGACGAGGCGUUCUACAGGAGCCUGAACAACGCGUACAGGGAAGACUUGAUCUGCGGCGACACGUCCAGGCCGACGUCGCAGUUGGGCAUGAUCUGGGAAGAGGCGGAGGACGAGGACGUGAAUGGAAAGAAAGAAACGGAGGGGAGAGACAUGUUCGACAAGACGAUGUCCAAAGAGAAGGAGCUCGAGGAGCUGGCAACGAAACCGACGAAGGAGGAGAUUCAGGAAGCGGUGACGAAAAAGGAGGACGAGGCAGACGAGGACGAGGGCGAGGUGUUCAGCGCGGCUGAUUACAAAAGUUACCGGGGGAACACGCCCUGCGUCAGCGAACAGGAUCUCGCCCAGCUCUCCAGACUCAGUUCCAUCGACCAGGUCGCUCUGGAGAAACUGCACGAGCUGGACCGGUUGACCAAUAAAUUGCAAAAGGAUUCGCAGAACCUGAUAGAACUGCAGUCGAAGCUGAUGGACUCACCGAAGAGGCAAUACAAUUCCGAGGCUGAAGCGAAGCUGGCGGAAGAGGCGAGCAGCAUAGACGAGCAGCUGAGAAAGAUUUACGCGGAAACCGACGUUGACAGUUGGACUUUUUCGAAAAGUCCCGGAUCAACCGGUCGAUCGAUCUCAAGAGUCAGCACUGACAGCGGUCUGGCCACCGACGGUGACUUCACUACCAGGUCAAUUUCACCGAGACUGACGUCCACGUCCAGAACCAACUUGGAUUCGAUUUCGAGUACCUACACACCUCCUAGGCUGGGUACUUACGCAACGACUGUACGCGAGAAGAGCCCGGAGCCAGUGAUCCAGUUGCCGAUCGACGUCGGUAGCUUCGCCAAAGGCUACGCGGAAAACAAAGAACUGACCGAUCUCAUGGUCGAGAGUUUCGCAGCAGUCACCUGCGCCUCGCCCACCAUUUACAGCACCACCACCGACAAAGUCCCAUCUCCCACCCACUCGGCGGGAAGCGUCCACAGCGUGCACAGCGUCCACAGUGUGCAGAGUCUUCGAACCAGGCAGGACGGCUAUUUCGGCAGCGCUGCUCGACUGAAUUUAGAAUUCCAAGAAAGUAGAACGCCUCCGAGUCCGUCGCCCAGCUCGCCACCGCCGCCAGCUCCUCGAGACUCGACCGAGCCGUUCCUCAUGCCAGGACCCGACAAGAGGGAGCCCGAGACAAAACGACCUCAGAGUCCCACGUUCUUGAGAAGCGCGGAGAAGCUCGUCUCCCUGGAACAAGGUCGCCUAAGCCCACGAACCCCUCACUCGCCUAAGUCACCGCGAGUCUCGCCUAAGCACACAGCCAAGCCAAGCGUGGCCAACAUCGUCGCAGCUAAAUCUGACUCCGGCCUAUCUUCCAUGAGCGGAUGGAGCAGCUUGGAUAAAUCGCCGAGCUCGCCGAAGAGUUCCAUCGCCAAAAUGUUCACUUCGUACUCGGUGGACCACGCCAGAGCGACUCUAAUCCCAAGUACAACGACCGUCAGAUCUGCCAGUCCGAUCCCGCCUUUACCGGAAACUACAACCACUGUCAUCACGCAGGAACCGCUGUACGACACGCCGGAAGGGAGGGACGCUUUCGCAAGCACCACCGCGGUCACGUUCACCGUUACCAGCCACUCCUACACCGCGGCUAUGAACCAUCUGUCUGGUUACACGUCGAUAAAGACACCGACGACCAAGGAAGACUACAGCUUCGUGCCUCCUCCGGCACCUACCGCAACCACCUGUCAGAGUCCGAAGAAACGAGGUCGCCAGCAAGCUUUGCAGCACACCUACGACACUGUGCCGCCUGGAACUACGGCGAUCGACUACGUAUACAGGUCCGAACAACCUGCCAUUUACUCCGUGGCUGGGAGCAAUCGACAACAGGCUAUCACGAGUGUUUAUACGAGCAGCGCCGGUGGCUAUGGCCCGAAAACCACCACCACCGCUUACUAUCCAGACGCAGUGGAUCAAUAUAACAGCUAUCAGGACAAUUACACAGCUGUCCAGUAUACGGAGUCGGGUGCAGUGGCGGCUCAUCUGAAGAAACCUCUGAGAGCCAGCGCGUACACGGACGGAAUGACGAACCACGAAGGGUACAAAGCCGCGAUGUAUCGCACAAUGUUCCCCACGGGGAACAUCACGGACGCGUUGUCGUAUUACCCGACAAGCGCGAAUCUGCCACGAACCGAGACGAACGAGACCUCGUGGUUGAACUCGAUGGAGGAUCAGAUUCCUCACGACUCGACGUCAUCUAGCAUCAGAUCGCUGACUUCGGACGGUAGCUACGCCCAGAGUCCCUACACCGACAGAAGGUAUCCUCAACCACCAGCGUACCAAGCCCAUCAGUAUCAUCACACGUACGCGAAUCAAAAUUACCCGCAAGCCUAUCAACAGCAGUACCAGCCGUACAGUCAAAGACUAACCAGCACCGAAAGCGCACAACUCACCGACGGAUACCAGAGACAAUGGCAACGGGAACAUCAGUACAUACAAGAUCAUGAAACAGGUGGCAGGAUGCCAAUCGAUCAGACGCAACAUCAGCAGGGCGAAUACUACGACGCAUCGAGCGUGAUUGUGUCCCAAUCGGGGUACAUCAGCAUCGCGUCGAAUUUGAAGGACCACGAGAUGGAGAACGCGAAAGCUGGCAAGAAGAUGAGACGCGGCUCGUCGUUGAAAAACGCGAUGAGCUCGAUGAGCAACUGGUUGCCGGACUUGCAUCUGAGCAAGAGGCACAGAAGUCACUCGUUACCCGGCGGAGUGAGAAGGGAAGACUUGGACAUGUCUCAGGAGCAACAGCAGAGGCUGCCGCAGGAUGCGAAUAUGGCCAGAGGUCGUGGACGAGGCCAGGCAGCCAGAAAGAAGAAGAAACACACGCUGGUGUCUACCGUGUCUGGGAUCUUACAGAAAGCCAAGAGGCGAAGUCAUCAGUCUCAAUCCCUGUCGGAUCCCGAACAAUCGGAAACAGAGUGGAGCAGUGGAAGACAGAGUGGCCUGUCGGAGGAUGAGGACAGUGUGAUGUCGGACGUAAAUCAAGAACCUCCGUUCUUUGCCAAGGUGAAAACAGCUAGCACGAAGCGCAAACAGGCACCCCAGCCGAUUCCACAACAGCAGCAACUUACCGCUCAGCCAUUACCUUUGCAACAAAAAGACUAUAUACAGCAGCAGCAGCAGCAGCAACAACAGCAGCAGCAACAACAACAACAACAGCAGCAGCAACAACAGCAGCAGCAGCAGCAGAAUCUGCAGCAGCAACAGCAAGCCCUUCAACAGCAGAUUCAACAGCACCAGGAGCAAUUACAGCAGCAAGCGCUACAAGAUGGCUGGGCCAAAGAAAAGGAUCAGAAAAAAGACGUGGAUCGUGAGAUGUCUGAUCAGAUCGGUGGUUUCGAAGAAGAAACGUCUGGGAAGAGCACAGGUUCCGGCUCUGGUGGCUCGUCGAUAUUCCAAACUGUCGGAGACAUCAAACGAUCCACCGGCAGCUCGGACGAAGCACCCAACGAAAAAGCCCCGAAACUUCCCCCGGUGACACUGAUGGGUGGUGCGAGCAUGGAAUUCGCGGUGUCCAGAGCGUUAGGCAAGUACCGACAGAGACAAUCCUCCACUGUUUCUGACGAGCAGCCUCCCAGCGAGGAGGGCAGCACCGAGAAAAAGUCCGACGAGGGUACCGUCCAAACACUCGAGACGAGCUUCGAGUAUCCGGAAGACAUGUCGGAGAAGAGCGAGAAGAGCGAGAAAUCCAGCAGCACCAGGCUGCCGGAACUGGUGACCAGCAUAUCGGAGGAGGCACCGCCGUCGGAAGGAAGCCCAUCCGCGUCGAGCACGAGAGGGCAAACGCCAGGCAGUCGAUUCCUGCCGCGGCAUCAGCAGUCCCUCGAGAUUCCGUGGACCGGCUCGAGGCCGGGCGAAUUGGACGAGGACAAUCGUAGCACGCAUUCCUAUCGAAGCACGUCGAGGGUCUCCUCCAGGCGGCAAAGUACGGAGGACUCGAUCGACUCCGAGGACGAGUGGUAUCGAUACGAGCUGAGGAAGCUCGAGGAACUGGAGAGGCAGUCGCAGAUAGAGAUAGAGAUGGGCGAGGUACUGGUGGAGGAGCCGGAGGAGGCUGAUCACUAUCAACCGGAUGAAACGGUGAAGCAGAAGAUGUCGUUCGUCUUGAAAGAGUUGAAAAUGAAGGCGAGCACCAUAUCGAAGGAGCAGACGAAGGAGGAGAAAGGCGAGGAGGCGCGAGCGAGUAAAAUGAAUGGAACGGUGGCGAAGGAUCGUCGGAUCGACGAGCGAGACAGGUAUCGGGACGAGAAACCGAUCCCAAAGCGAAAAUCCGCGGAGAGUGUCGAGGCGGUGUUCGCGAGGGUGACCGACUAUCACACCUGGGCGCACGAGGAGGAAGCGAAGAAAGAGAAAACGCCCUCGUCUAUGGAGGAAGGCUCCUCCGGGGAGACUUCUGGCCCCGACAGUCCCGUGCAGUCGAUGGACGAAGAGGAAGAGGAGGAACUGCCGAAAGACGCGGACGAACAACCAUCGAGACGCAGUUCCAGCGGCUCGACCUUUCGACACGGUGAGAAGAUCCACCCUGGCUCGGAAUCGAUCUCUCGCGAAGGUAGCGUAAGCGUGCCGCCUAGCGAGGUCUCCGUCAGCAUCCCGGGUGCUUGGGAUUCUGAGAGUACGGUGCUCGAAGGCAUGGAACACGACGAAGCUGGCAGCGCCGAGACGACUACCACGGCUACCUUGAGCUUGCCAAAGAUCAAAAUCGAUUCGUCGACCUGCGGCAGCUCGGACACGACGUUAAAGGAAGGCCAGGUGAGUCCUGGUCCGCCUGGAUCGAAAUGGAAGCUUCUGAAAGCGUUGAAGGAGAGAAAGGCGGAGGAGAAGUUGAAGGAAAUCGAGGAGGCCUCCAAGGAGACCACUAUCUCCCAGGGACCCACGGCAAACGGCAGCGGACCUGGCGGCGAAUCCGGUGGACGAGGCAACGGGCAUCCGGGAGACAAUCCUUUCUACAGCAACAUCGACAGCAUGCCGGAUAUUCGGCCGCGCCGAAAAUCGGUGCCAUUGGUCUCCGAGCUGGUCUUGAAGACAAUGGCGGCGACCAAGAGGAACGCGGCGGGUCUAACGUCGGCGGUGCCCAGAGCCACGCUCAACGACGAGGAGCUGAAGAUGCACGUGUACAAGAAAACGCUGCAGGCGAUGAUUUACCCAAUCUCCUCGACGACGCCGCACAAAUUCGUCACCUGGACCGCCACGUCGCCGACCUACUGCUACGAGUGCGAGGGUCUUCUCUGGGGUAUCGCUCGGCAAGGGGUGCGCUGUACCGAGUGCGGUGUCAAGUGCCACGAGAAGUGCAAGGACCUGCUGAACGCCGACUGCUUGCAAAGGGCGGCCGAGAAGAGUUCGAAGCACGGUGCCGAGGAUAAGGCAAAUAGCAUCAUCACGGCCAUGAAGGAGAGAAUGAAGCAGAGAGAGCGGGAAAAGCCAGAGAUCUUCGAGCUGAUCCGCACGACGUUUUCAGUCGACCCGGACACGCACAUAGACAGCCUCGAGCAGGCCGAACAGAUCGUCCUUGAGGGUACCAGCAAGUGGUCCUGCAAGAUCGCCAUCACAGUGAUCUGCGCCCAAGGGCUGAUCGCGAAGGACAAGAGCGGCACAUCUGAUCCAUACGUGACCGUCCAAGUCGGCAAAGUGAAGAAACGCACCAGGACCAUGCCAAGGGAAUUGAAUCCAGUUUGGCACGAGAAGUUUUACUUCGAGUGCCACAACUCGUCCGAUCGAAUAAAAGUGAGAGUGUGGGACGAGGACAACGAUCUGAAGUCGAAGCUGCGGCAGAAGUUGACAAGGGAGAGCGACGACUUCCUCGGGCAGACGAUCAUCGAGGUGCGUACGCUGAGCGGCGAGAUGGACGUGUGGUACAACCUCGAGAAGAGGACUGACAAGAGCGCGGUAUCCGGCGCGAUCAGGCUGCACAUCAGCGUCGAGAUCAAAGGCGAAGAGAAGGUGGCGCCUUAUCACGUGCAGUACACCUGCCUGCACGAGAAUCUCUUCCACAGCCUUUGCGAGAAGAACGACGGCGUGGUGGCUCUACCUCAGGCGAAAGGGGACGAUGCCUGGAAGGUGUACUUCGAUCCACCUGGCGAGGAACUCGUCGACGAGUUCGCCAUGAGAUACGGCAUCGAGAGUAUCUACCAAGCAAUGACACAUUUUCACUGCCUCUCCAUGAAAUAUCUGUGCCCGGGUGUGCCAGCGGUAAUGUCCACCCUAUUGGCGAACAUAAACGCGUACUAUGCUCACACGAGCGCGAGUUCCGCCGUUUCGGCCAGUGAUAGAUUCGCCGCCAGCAACUUUGGGAAAGAGAAGUUCGUGAAAUUACUGGAUCAGCUGCACAACUCUCUGCGAAUCGAUCUGUCGAUGUACCGAAAUAACUUCCCCGCCUCCAGCCAGGAGAAGCUGAUGGACCUGAAGAGCACGGUCGAUCUUCUCACGAGCAUCACGUUCUUCCGGAUGAAGGUCCUGGAGCUGUCCAGUCCACCGAGAGCGAGCACCGUGGUGAAGGAUUGCGUGAAAGCGUGCCUCCGCUCGACCUAUCAGUUCCUCUUUGAAAACUGCUACGACAUCUACAACAGGGAGUUCCAAGUGGAUCCGAGCGAGGCGAAGAGAGACGCGGAGGACCACGGCCCUCGCCUCGAGUCGCUCGACUUCUGGCACAAGCUGAUCGCGCUGAUCGUUUCGGUCAUCGAGGAGGACAAGAACAGCUACGCGCCUGUGUUGAAUCAGUUCCCGCAGGAGCUGAAUAUCGGUCAAUUGUCGGCGGCCACCAUGUGGUCCUUGUUCGCGGUGGACAUGAAAUACGCGUUGGAGGAACACGAACAGCACAGGCUGUGCAAGUCCUCGGCCUACAUGAACCUCCACUUCAAGGUCAAGUGGUUGCACACCAAUUACGUGAAGGACGUGCCGCCGUAUAAGGGCGCGGUGCCCGAAUAUCCCGCGUGGUUCGAGCCGUUCGUCAUGCAGUGGCUGAACGAGAACGAUGACGUCUCACUGGAAUAUCUCCACGGUGCCUUCAACAGAGACAAGAAGGACGGAUUCCAAAAGAGCAGCGAGCACGCGCUGUUCAGCGUCUCCGUCGUCGACGUCUUCACACAGUUAACCCAGUGCUUCGACGUGGUCUCCAAGCUUGAGUGCCCCGAUCCAGAGAUCUGGAAGAGGUACAUGAAGCGAUUCGCAAAGACCAUUGUGAAGGUGUUGGUUGCGUACGCAGACAUCGUGAAGAAAGAGUUCCCAAGCCACCUGAAGGAGGAACGAAUCGCUUGUAUCCUCAUGAACAACAUUCAGCAACUUCGAGUGCAAUUGGAGAAGAUGUUCGAGUCGAUGGGCGGCGAGAAGCUGGAAGAGGACGCGGCGAACAUUUUGAAGGAACUUCAACAGCAACUAAAUGGAGCGCUCGACGAUCUGGCUAUGCUGUUUGCGAAGAGUUUGGAGCCGAGGAUAACUGCCUCGGUGAAGGAGCUGGGGGAUUUAUUGUUAGCUAUCAAGGGCGGUGGACAGGUGUCGCAGCCUGCGCAGAGGAACAACGUUGCUGUCGAGGCCGACGAGGUGUUGCGUCCUCUGAUGGAUCUCCUCGACGGAAGUCUGUCGCUGUACGCUGAAUCCUGCGAGAAGACUGUGCUGAAGAGGCUGCUGAAAGAGUUGUGGAAGAUCGUCAUGAGGAUUCUGGAAAAGACGGUGGUACUUCCGCCGAUGUCGGACAAGAGCAUGAUGUUCAAGAAUCUGACGGACAACGCGAAGAACCUAGCGGCGAACGCGAAGAUAGAAGACAUGUCGAAACUGUUCAAGAACCACAUGGCUGGCAAACCGGAUGUGAAGAACGCGCUGAGCGGUGUAAUGGAUAUUUCCAAGGAAGUAGAGAAGAAUCUGUCACCGAAGCAGUGCGCGGUUCUCGAAGUGGCUCUCGACACCAUCAAACAGUACUUCCACGCUGGCGGGAACGGUCUGAAGAAGACGUUCUUAGAAAAGUCGCCGGAACUGCAGAGCUUGCGAUACGCUUUGAGCUUGUACACGCAAACAACGGACACUCUCAUCAAGACGUUUGUCACGUCUCAGAUCAACCAAGUGCCGCUGAACACUGCGUCAAAGCUACGUCAGCGUCAGCGUUCGAUGAGCAGCGAAAGAGGUGGCGACGAAGGGGAAGGAGCCGAGGGUAUGGAAAGCCUCGAGGAACCCCUUCGCCAGAGCAAGCCCUCUCUUCGUCGAGAGAGUCGACAAGUUCCAGAUACUGCCGGUACAGAGGAGAGCUCGGUUGGAGAAGUCAGUAUUCAAGUGGACCUGUUCACACAUCCUGGAACUGGCGAGCAGAAGGUCACCGUCAAAGUUGUCGCUGCGAACGAUUUGAAGUGGCAGCUUGCCACAGGGAUGUUCAGGCCGUACGUUGAAGUGAACUUGAUCGGACCGCAUCUGACCGGCAAGAAGAGGAAGCAGUCGACAAAGUCAAAGAGCAAUAAUUGGUCGCCGCAGUUCAACGAGAGCUUCGACUUCAUGAUCGGCAACGAGCAGCAGCAACUCGACUUCUACGAGUUGCACAUCUGCGUGAAGGACUACUGCUUCGCGAGAGAGGACAGACUGGUCGGCGUUGCAGUGAUGCAGCUCAAGGAUAUCGUCGAGGAAGGUUCGUGCGCGUGCUGGUUGUCGCUCGGCAAACGAAUCCAGAUGGACGAGACCGGCUGGACGAUCCUGAGGAUUCUUUCGCAGAGGAACAACGACGAGAUCGCGAAGGAGUUCGUGAAGCUGAAGAGCGACAUCAGGCAGGAGACACCGUUACCGAAUCCCACCUGAAGCUCUGGGUUAAAGCGUUAAAGCCACGACAGCGAAGCGAUGCGAUCCUUCGAGUUUGGAAAGAGCUCGAGGGAGGAGAAGGAGAGGGGCAUUGUCCACAGGGGAUACCAAAUAUAAGCGUUCGGCCGUCGUUGUCGAGAAUGAAGUUCUUCAAACCAGCCAACUCGAUCAAAUUCAGCGAACAAACUAAAGGAACAAACAAA